AUGGAAUAUGUACCAUCAGAAAACCCAGAGCAGAAACUAGACCUGGCUGUAACCAUCUGCCAGGAGACUCCAGAAACUCCUGAUGUCAACAUUGAACAGGAACCAUCAGAAAAGCCAGAGCAGAAACUGGAGCUGGCUGUAACCAUCUGCCAGGAGACUCCAGAAACUCCUGAUAUCAACAUCAAUCAGGAGGAACAACAAGUCGAGCAGGACCAGGAUCUAAGAGCUGAUAGCAGCCCCUGCCACUCCCAGGAACCAUCAGAAACCCCUGACGAUACCAACUGCCAGGAAAAACAAAAGCAAGAGCUGGAUCUGGGCAUGAACAACUGCCAGGAGAAUCAGCUUGAAGUAAAGUUCCCGACGCCCAGGACAUAUCUGCAAAUCCUGGAGCCAACAGGACAGGACAGCUACGGGAUGAAUUAUACCGGUUGGCACCGUAAAGAACAACUGGAUGUGUCCGUGACCAUCGUAAAGGACAUAGAGAAGAGAAAAGACAUCCUUCAAGAAGUGGAAGUCCUUGAACUUAUCAGAGGCCACGAAAAUGUCAUUGGCUACUAUGGGGCUUAUUACCAACGUGCCUCUGUAAAGAAGCCCCACUAUGAAGGACUGUGGAUUUCUAUGGAGCGUUGGAAUGGUGUAGCGGUGGAAGAUCUAAUCUACACCAGUGAGCAGUACUCCUUGCAUGAAAGCUGGAUAGCGUACAUCUGCAAGGAGGUAUUAAAGGGCCUGUGUCAUCUGGAAAACAAAAAGGUCAUCCAUCACGACCUGCGGCCCCAGAACAUUAUCCUGACAACAUCGGCAGAUGUAAAGAUCAGUGAUUUCAGCUCCGCCACCAUCGGGGAAAUGAGUCACAGUACGUCUGGGCGGAUUCCAUACCUGGCGCCAGAAGUACUGGCCAAUUUUGGCAAGAAGACCAUAUGGUAUAACUCUAAGGCUGACAUAUGGUCCUUGGGAAUAUCAGCACUUCAAAUGGCGGAAGGCUAUUACCCAUUCAGCAGAUUUCCCCAGCAAAAACUCAUGAAACGCAUCAUGCACGGACCUGCGCCAGUAUUAUUGUGGGACAAAUGGAGCGACAACUUCCAUUCAUUCGUCGGCCAUUGCCUCCAGAAAGAUCCAGCUUGGAGGCCGUCUGCUGGAAAGCUCUUAUCACACCCCUUCAUUUGUAAGAUCUUUAAUGAAAGGGGUGUGAAGAGCAAUAUCAAAUGGCACCUGCAGUGAGAAGACUGAAGCACUGAAGUUCCAGAACAUCAUAGCAGCCAUCGGGGGAGGGACGGGGGCACAACUGCAGGGCCCUUAUGUCAUCUUUGGGCCCUGCAGACUUGGGGCAUGUUUACUAACAUUGGAGAUAGAUAACUGGAGAGAUUUCUGGAGAUGUUGCCUGUGACAACCAAUGUUAAACAUGCCCCUUGGUCCCG